UUUUUGUGAUAUUCUUGCCAACGCUUCCUCAUGCACGUGUUCAGAAUCUGUCACGUGCUGUGUUUGCUCGUGGCUUCGUCCUUAUGUGUGAACGAGGUUGAGUAUGAAGGGAACUAUGCAAACGAGUAUGACAAUGAGAUCUCUCAGGACCAGCAGGAGGCCGAGUCUCAGCCUGCACCAUGCCAGCCUGAAGGGUUCUCUCGCUGGGACAAGCUCUUCAUCACUCUGGAGGACUCACACAUGAGGCAGCUCAUGUUGCUGGCGUCUCUGGACCAGUGCCGUGGAGGAAUGGUCUCUCUCGGAGCACAGGUGGAGAAGAUGGCCAGGGGGACUUGCCAGCAGUGCGUACCCAGCGUGGAGUCGGCGUGCCGGGCCCAAGCGGAGCAGGCGAGUCUCGGGCUGCGGCGCGGUUUGAUGGAGCUCAGGCAGGAGGAGGCAGAGAGGGAGAGGAGGUUGAACGCCACCAUUCAGACGCUCCUGCACAGCAGACAUGAGGAGAAGGUCACGUCUGCUGGCAGAGGUCACAGAGCGGCGACAGACACCAGGACCAGACACCAACCGACACCAAGACCCGGAGGUUUGGGGGCAGUUCUCAUCCCAUCAGGCCUGAAGGAGCAGGAAGUAACUCCCCCGCUGGACAUGGCCACGAUGGAACGGACCCUGGUCGCCAUAGCAACAGAGCUGCAGCGAGUUCACCUGCAGCUGAUCAAAUUGAUAGAGCAGGCGGGGGGGCGAGGGAAGACAGAGGAGACACAUGAAUCCAGGAGAGGGGAAAGAUAAUCAAGACAAAUUGACUGGGAACACUGCAGUAAUAUUGAUUUGCACAUUCUCACUUUUCUGUACUGUUUUUUUUUAAUGGCCUUUUUUUAAACAAUAAAAAUGAAAUGUAUUGUAAA